CAACACGGGCAGGUGGGUGGUGGAAUGCUCGCUCGGCUCUCGUGUGUCUCGUUUCGCUUUUAAAUUUCAAUUUACCAACAGUCACAUUUUCUUUCAAUUAACUGAUCAGGAUCGUGAGUAGAGAAAAGAAAUGUCGCUUAAAUAAACAAAAGCAGAACUCGAAGCACCGGUUGUUUGAAUCACUGAAGGAUAAUUCGUUGGAAUAUAUUUCUUCGCUUGUUUAGUGCUUCGAGAGUUUUCGCAGCAAGGAUUUUUCGUCCAGUUGCAUCUCCGCAAUCGCACUUCGUUAAUCAUCGAAAUUCAACUUCACACUAAUUUAUUAUGCUCAAACAAAAAUGGAGCUACGGAUCAUGUGGACUCGUAAUUCUGUGCCUCGCUGGAAUGAUGCAAAACGUUAUUGGAGUGCCCGCACUAAAUUCGAGAGGAAAGAGACACGAUGAACCGCCGAAAAAUUGGUCUCGUUUAGGCGAAGAAUGGCUCCAAGCGAAGAGAAGAGUCGAGGACCAAUUCGGAGUGGCUCUGUUACCUGCUAGCGAAACAGUGCGAAACUUACCAGCGGUUGGAACACCGAACGUUACGGAGAUGAACGACGAGCAGCUGAAAAGGGUUAAUUAUUCUCGAAUGUUAUGGGACAUGGAAAAAGUGCAGCCGAGUGGGCAUUUGUCAAUGUUCGUCGACACGGCAAUGAGGUUAGCGGAUCUUAGGCAAGUGAUGACCGAGAUCGAGACCUCGGUAAUGUCCAGAGUGUCUUGCACCGCGUGCAAGGUCGGAGCGGGUUUGCUUCAAUAUUACAUAAAAGCGGACAAAACGGACCAGGAGAUAAUGACGAUAAUCUACAAUUUUUGUGUUUCCUUGAAAAUUCAAAGUCCACGAGUUUGCCAAGGAGUUACGAUGCUUUUCGGGGGUGAAGUAAUCUACGUGUUGAAACAAGUGAACAUGGGCCCAUCGCAAAUUUGCAGUUUCGUCAUUGGCGAUGCGUGCGACGACGCUUAUAAUCCGCUACACGAGUGGGAAGUUGCUUUCCCACCGGUUAACAAACCACCGAUUCAACCACCGAUACCCCCCAAGGAAGGAGCCCCGACUCUCAAAGUCCUUCACAUAUCGGACACUCACUACGAUCCUUACUACCAGGAAGGUUCGAAUGCGGUGUGUAACGAGCCUCUCUGUUGUCGUCUUACGAACGGUGCACCUUUGACCGCCUCCGCGGCUGCUGGACGUUGGGGUGAUUACCGAAAGUGCGAUACUCCAAAACGAACGAUCGAUCACAUGCUCAAACACAUUUCAGACACACACACGGAUAUCGACUACAUCCUUUGGACGGGAGAUCUCCCACCCCACGACGUGUGGAAUCAGACUCGAGAGGAGAAUUUGAAAAUCUUACGAGACACCGUCGCUCAAAUGACCGAAACGUUUCCGGGUGUGCGAAUUUUUCCAGCUUUGGGAAACCACGAAAGUGCGCCAGUGAACAGUUUUCCACCGUCGUUUGUACCGGAGGAAAAUAGUAUUUCAUGGCUUUACGACGAGCUCGACAAGCAAUGGAAGCGUUGGUUACCAGCCGGUGUUUCUCGCACUGUCAGGAGCGGCGCAUUUUACUCGGUUCUCGUGCGUCCUGGCUUUAGAAUUCUUUCGGUCAACAUGAACUAUUGUAACAACAAAAAUUGGUGGCUUCUCCUGAACAGUACCGAUCCGGUAAACGAACUUCAAUGGCUCGUAUAUGAGCUCCAAAGCGCCGAAGUAAGCGGCGAAAAAGUUCACAUCAUCGGUCACAUUCCACCUGGACACUCGGAUUGUCUCAAAGUUUGGUCGAGAAAUUACUAUCAUAUUAUCAACAGAUAUGAAUCUACGAUAGCCGCUCAGUUCUUCGGCCACACUCACUAUGACGAAUUUCAAUUAUUUUACGACACGUCUGAUUUUGGAAGAGCUCUCAGCAUCGCUUACGUUGGACCUUCUGUUUCUCCUUACUACGAUCUCAAUCCUGGAUAUCGAAUUUAUUACGUUGACGGUAAUCACCAGAAAACAACGAGGUUGGUCGUCGAUCAUGAGAGUUGGGUGAUGAAUUUGAAAGAAGCGAAUCUCUACGAUUAUCCGAUAUGGCACAAAAUGUACAGUGCUCGUCAAGCGUAUCAGAUGCCAUCGCUCUUGCCCAAAGAUUGGGACUCCCUCAUCAAUAGAAUGGCCAACGAACCGUCUCAAUUCGAUUUGUAUUAUAAGCAUUAUUACAAAAAUUCUCCCGUUCGACCGGCGUGUAACGACGAGUGUAGAAAAAGAUUACUCUGUGAUUUACGAAGCGGCAGGAGUCACGAUCGGAAAGCUCUCUGUCAGAGUUUGGAGUCUAGGAUCGAUGGUGAAAUUCGAGUUGGAUGGAGAGAAUGGAUUUACAACGGUCUUGCACUGUCGUACGUACAGGAUUGGUGGAUGAAGACUUACUACAAUGGCGAUACCGAUACUAACAAUGUUGGACCGCCGGAAAUCGGCAGCAUGAAAAUUCCACCCAAAGCAAAUUGACGUUAAAGCUAAAAAAAAAACACAAACUCUGUGCCUGGACUUUCGUUAGUGCACAAAUAAUGCUCUUUUAACCAUUUUCUUGGCUCGUCAAUUGUUUCCGUUUAACUCUACUGUCUAUGCGCAUUCGUUUAUUCUAACGAACACGUGCGCUUGAAAUGCAUGCUCUAAAGGAAACAAAAGGACUAGUGGCACACUCGGCGAUAAAAACGCUGAACAAAACGAACGCUUUUUAUUCAUUCGCAACAAGAGGCUUCGUAUAAAAAAGUUACUAUUUACUUAUAUUAACUAAGAUUCUAGCUAGAACGAUGGUGAUGGAGGCGAAACGAAAAAUUCUUCGUUAACUCGAUAUUGUGGGGAAAAACGUCGUGCCCUCAACGUUUCUGGAUCCAAUUGAAUUCGAUUGAGUCGAUCGAAGCAAAAAUCAUAAUUUUUUCUUUAUAUACUUUAGUUCAUUCUUUCCGAAUGUCAAUCACGAUUUUUCUGCUUUCAUAACUGACGCAAAUAUUUGCAAAUAAAUUGAUGAAUUUAACGUAUCAGCUCGAGUUUACGUUGAACCAAAAUAACUAAAAAUUCUAUGAAUUCGCAUGAAACGGAAAUUCCUAAAAAAAUAUAUUCAUCUUGAUUAAUCACACAACGAUGAAAGUGAUCGUACGUGUUGUGUUUCAGGCGUUUCUUCGUAAAGCACAUUGCAGCAGGACAGUCUUAAUAUUAGUGUUGAAAGUCGUUCCUACGAUACCUUUUUUUUAACAAUAUUGGUCUGUCGAAAUGCCGAUUGAUCGUCAAUAAUUCCGUAUUUUAUGAUAUUACUUUAAGCUAUUUCAAUGGACGUGGACAGCUUCUGUACAGUCGCAAUAAUUCAGAACUUUUGUAUUUUAAGAGUAUGGAUCAGUCACCUGACCUCACUUGGAACUUUCGAAAUCGAAAUGAUUUGACACAGUUUGACCGAUUAAAAAAAGACUAUCAGCCCACGCAGGGUGAUGGCAAAAAUGGGCUGACAUUUUUAUUAUUUCGAUCGGGCGAACGGUGUGGAAAAAUUUCGCAUUCGAAAUUUGCAGCUCUUGCACUCACGGUUGCGAUAUACCGACUGAUCGAUGCUCUUAAGGGAUGAAUUUAUUCAUCGACCAACACUGUAUAUACGUCACAGUCAAAUUUUAUUUUUUCUAUUAUUUUAUUUACUUACUCUAGAUUUUUAAGAUUUUCUAACGAAGAAAUAUCACAAUGGUGAGCGUUUAGAUUGCUAAUAAAUCUGUAAAUAUUA